AAGUAUCAUGUUGCAGCUAAUGAUAAGGCAAAGGGACUCCGGGGAAGAAGUCAAGUCAGCAAUAUGUAUUGGCAACCUGCGACUCUUCAGCCCCUCUGCAGUGGAUCCCUGUACAGUGCGUGUUGCGCAUAUUGUUCGCGAACGGUGAACUUAACGAAUCAGUUUUCAUAUGAUGAACGUGAGUGAACGUCGCGUUCACGUUCAUUUUUUAAGUCAUCAUCGUAUCAGCCCGUCAUGAAAUACCAGGAGCGAGUGAAUGUGUGUGUGUGUGUUUGCCCUCCCAGAUAGUGGACACACACACACACUGGCCCCGGGGCUCCGCCCCGCGCCCUGCUCACUCGCUCAAAGACUUACGUCCGGUGUGAACCUGGCAUCACACCGUGAGAUCAGAGCUCGUUCACGUGAAGCUCAGUGACUGACCGGCUGCUUCUUAACAGUGAAAACACAGAGUUUCUCUGGUCUCAGCUGCUCAGAGAUCAGCGCUGCAGCUUCUUGAUCAGUAAUAGUUAUAAUUUUAUCAUUAAAGAAGUUCAUAAAGAUAUUGCUAUUCAAGGAAGAAGGGAUACUGGGUUCGGUGGAGGUGUGACUCUCUGUCAGCUACAGUGCUUAAGAGAAACCUGGGGUUGUUUGUAUUUUCUUCUAGUAAUGUACAUUACUAGAAGAAAAUACACAUGUGGAGUAGUUGGCAGCUCUGGCUUUGUGGAGCCUGUUUAUAAACUUCAACACUACUCUUCCAGGCUAGGAGAUAUUCAACACGGUGGCUGGAGCGCCACUUCCUUUCUAUUUUUCUUGACGCUUGUUUUAAUUCAUGAGUCUUGGAAUUAUAUCACGUAGCUAAUUUGCUUUGUUUACUCUUUUCUUUUUUAGAGGCCCUUGAGUCUAAUGUAAAUCGUAAUGAGUCUGCAGAGCUAUAGCGGAGAGGGUCGAUCUCAGUGGAGCUAGGGUUUUUAAAGAAUUCUUUGGUUAUAUCGACAGAUAAUAUGGUGAUUGAAUGAAAUUGGAAAUAUUUCCUUACAUUCACCUGCUAUAUUCUCACAUGGACUCACUCAGAAACUUUAUUAGGAGGCUGCAGGAAAAGUUCUAGAAAAUGUGCAGAACAACUUGACUCAGAUUUCAGGUCUGAAAACAGAGACAGUGAUGUUUAGUCAAAGUCCUUUAUUUCCACACAUGAACUCAGUUUAAUUUACAGUUAAGUUUUAUUCUUUUAUUCAGGUUGUGGGGCGGCGGUCUGUCAGAAAACCGCUGUUCUUCUCUGGCUUCAGCUCUGAUGUCAAACCCCUCUCAUCUGAGAGGACUGUAUCUGGGCUUCGCCAACGACCCCCAGGACUCAGGAGUGAAGGAGCUGUGUGGUUUUCUACAGAGUCCAACCUGUCGACUGGAGACUCUGGGGUUGUGUGGCAGCAGACUGUCAGAGAUCAGCUUUUCUUCUCUGGCUUCAGCUCUGAGGUCAAACCCCUCUCAUAUGAGACAACUGAAUCUGAGCUACAACUACAACAUGCAGGACUCAGGAAUGAAGGAGCUGUGUGGUUUUCUACAGAGUCCAACCUGUCGACUGGAGUCUUUGAGGUUGGAGCAAUGCGGACUGUCGCAGAUCAGCUUUUCGUCUCUGGCUUCAGCUCUGAGGUCAAACCCCUCUCAUCUGAGAGAACUGAAUCUGACUAACAACUACCUGCAGGACUCAGGAGUGAAGGAGCUGUGUGGUUUUCUACAGAGUCCAACCUGUCGACUGGAGACUUUGAGGUUAGAUCGCUGCAGUCUGUCAGAGAUCAGCUGUUCUUCUCUGGCUUCAGCUCUGAGGUCAAACCCCUCUCAUCUAAGAAGACUGUAUCUGAGUAACAACCUCCUGCAGGACUCAGGAGUGAAGGAGCUGCUUGAUCUACAGCAGAGUUCAACCUGUCGACUUGAGACUGUGAGCUGGAAGUGAUCUUUGUUUAGCUGAGUGUGAAGAGGACAGUGUGUGUGGACGGAGGCUGAGUUGUGUCCUGAGGAUCCAGAGGCUGAAGCAGCAGCAGCUUGUGUGUAGAGCGGCUCUGACUGGGCCUUGUUGCUCCAGAGGAAUAAGAGGAGGUUGUUGUAAUAUGUAACUCCACCACAAGAUGGCCCUCCCUACGAUUUUGUUUAUUCACAUGAAAAAUGUGUUUAUUGAAAUGACACAACACAAGCAGAAUAUAUAAACCCUCUAUAAAGAGUCACAUGUGUGUUUAAGUUUCCUUUAUUCUGUUCCACUUUUGUCCCUCAGUAUGUCUCCAUGUGUGUAGAACUACAUUCUCUUUGUUUGUGAGCUGAAAGUUCCUGGAUUCACGUCACUAAUUGAUUUAGUUCAACACGAAGUUAAACACAAUCAAUUCACUUUGAGUUUGAAAUCAGACUUUGGUCUUUGACACUAAAGAUCAAAACUCUGGACUUAAAAAUGGGACGUUUUCAUUUCUGCAUCACGUUUGACCCACAGGUGGCGCUGUAGUAUAACAGCAGAACAUCCCAGUCAAUGCCUUUAUAUUCAGUCUAUGAGUCAAACACAUGGAUAAUUUCCUCUGUGACAAACCAGAUGUAAUGAGAAGAAUAACAUCUCAGAGAGAAAAGUUCUGUUUCUACUUGUCUCUGCUUUAAUGCUCAAUAAACAUCCUUCCAACAACUUCA